AUGUUAAGCAAUAUUAUUCUUAUACUUUCAUUGAAUGAACUCGUUCAUUCAUUCGGUCGCACCCAAUCCACAGCCGUAGAAGGUGUUCUGAAAUGUGGAGAUGAGCAAGCGGAAGGCGUACUAGUGAAGCUUUAUGAAGAUGACACAUUAACGCCAGAUGAGCUGAUGGACUCUGCGGAGACAGACACUCAUGGAAAGUUUAAAGUAAGCGGUUCUUCUGACGAAGUCAGCGAAAUCGAGCCGAAGCUUAAUAUUUAUCACGACUGCGACGAUGGUAUUAUGCCGUGUCAACGCAAGUUGACGAUCUUCAUUCCGUCCGAAUACAUCACAACUGCAAAACAGCCGGCAAAGGUUUUCAAUUUGGGCAUCUUACAGUUGGCUGGAAGAUAUCCUGACGAGGAAAGAGACUGCCUACACGCCUAG